AGGUCUGAGCGAGUCUCUGGAGACUUGAUGGAUUUGUAGCUGACAGUAAAGAGCUACCUGAACGCCUGGAACUUGACAAAAACAACAUCAACUGAAGGCGAUCUCCGCUUUCCAUUCAUUUGCGAAGACAACGUUGCCAGCGCCGCAGCGGGCAGCAGCUGUUUGCAACGGGGGCGAGACCAUCCAUGCUGACUGUCUCACUCAAUAUAAAAGGACUUUCAAUCUUCCACAGUCAUUGAUACCUGUGGUACUCAGCCGCGUUGCGGAAGUCACUCCGAGGGGAAACUAAAGCACAAUCCGACCAUGAGUUUGGAAGUUUUCGAGGAGAGGGGAUUUGGAAAUAAACCCGCCGAAGUUUGCAGCGACUCUGAGGGUAGUAUACCCUCGCCUCUCUCUGUGGAGGAGGAACUGGGAUCUGAUGGAGACUGCGUUGCGAACAGUCCGGCGCCGACAAGCUCCUGCUCGGAGGGAAAAUCCAAGACCUACACCAGGCGUCCCAAACCUCCCUACUCCUACAUUGCCCUGAUCGCGAUGGCGAUCAGAGACUCGGCUACCGGUCGCCUCACCUUGGCCGAGAUCAACGACUACCUGAUGAAGAAGUUUCCCUUCUUCAGAGGCACCUACACCGGCUGGAGGAACUCAGUCCGCCACAACCUGUCCUUGAACGACUGCUUCGUCAAGGUGCUCCGCGACCCAUCCAGACCGUGGGGCAAAGACAACUACUGGAUGCUGAACCCGAACAGCGAGUACACUUUCGCCGACGGGGUCUUCCGCCGCAGAAGAAAGCGCAUUGGCCGCAAGCCUCUCAAGGAAGCCGGAGCGGGCGACAAACACGUGGAGGUGGUCAUGCCCGGAGUCCUCGCCACAUCCACCAAGGAAGAAGGGUCCAGCGCCAAGUUCUCCAGCUCUUUUGCAAUUGACAGCAUCUUGAGCACGCCUUUUCGAAGGCAAGAAGACAAGAUGUCAGAAACCAAAGUACACUGCAACGUCGGCAGACUGUACUGGUCCAACCGACCCCUGAUAUCCUAUCCAUUCCUCGCCUACCCACCCGCUGCCCCGGUGCCCACACACUUCUCCAUUAGCCCCGGCGCCACCUCCCUGCUGCAACCCUACAGGUUCCCCGUGUCAGAGCAGAGCUUGCUCGAUCACAGAGCGAAUCUCUUCUCCACAAGGUGUUUUCAGAACAGGAUUCCCAACUCGGAGACUUUUUCCUGCAUCGGCUUGCCAACAGCGAUGCACCCCGCCCCCUACCAUCCCUACAAAAUCGAUUCGCUCAUCGUUUAGAGGGGUUUAAGUAACUCCAUGGGGGAAAAAAUAACGGAGCCUCUCCUGUGCACUUUUUUUUUUUUUUAAAUUAGACCCUUAUAGAAAGAGCGUUUUAUCCCGAACACCGUUAGGAACCCGAGAAACGGUUCGGUUCGAUUAUUGCUUGUCCAAGUAUUAGUCUGCUGUUCCGUAUAUCGACAAAACCAGUUGCUCUGGUCGUUAUCAAGAUAACCACUGUAUAUAUUUUACGGGGAUUAUAUAGUAAGUUAUCAAUCAUUGUUAAACUGAGAGUGAAAAUGUGAGAUCAACCGGGUAUCAGAUCACCUCUGCCGCAAACGAUGGCAUCUCUGCGUGCCAAAAAUAAGUAGCUAUGAUCUUUUUUUAAAGUGCAAAACUAUUUAUAAAUCUGUUUUCUAAACAAACGGUAACCAGACGGGCUAUAGAAAUUUUAUUUUGUGGUUUUUAAUAUUUCUUUUUGUAGAAUAUUACCGACAAUGCUCGAAUCGAGCGAAUAAGUUUGAUAAAUCUCAGUACUGUUACUAAAGACGGGACCACUGCCAAUGUAAGCAGGUGAUUUUGUGUUAUUUUUGUGUUAUGAAGUGACGCUCGGGCGUUAUAUUUUCGAAUUAAAAAAAGCCUUGGUAAUGAA